GUUACCAAACUUUAUCUUCGUUCGCGAAUAGGUCUGGAUUUUCGGGAACCGAGGAAUUUGCGUAAAAGUAUAGAAGCAAGAGUCUCCAUGGCUUUACAGAUGGUUCUCUCAUGAUAGAAAAGGAAAACGGACAGAGGUUUGGUUAGGUGGUAUUCUUUCAGUGGUAGGAUAAAAGACAGAGAGGAGAGAUGAAUUAUGAUUGAUCGAGGAAGUUGAAGAUGGUUCCUUUCUCUGAAAUAAGCGAAAUUAGACAAGGAAAAGAAGAUCGACAAUAAGGGGAAGUGUAUUUGAAGGUUGAAGCAAUGGAAAACAACUUGACUCAUCUUGAAGGAGUUAAAACAACUUUAGAAUAUCAACUCCAUAUAGCAGAGCAGCAAAUUUCCGAUUUGCAAGGAGAGUUAAAGGAAAAAGAUCAGCAAAUAAGAGAGAAGGAAUUAAAACUGAUUUAUCACCAACUGAGAGAGAGACACGAGGAACCAACAAAUUGGCAGAGAAAUGAAAAGCAACUUGUGGCUGACAUUCCACUGAAUGAAGCGGUUACAGCGCCACAUCUGAGGCUGGGAGAAAAAAAACCUCCAUCGUUUAAAUUGGAAAAAACAAUGCAAGAGAACAACACAGAAAUCUCGCAGAGAAAAUUAAUCACAAAACAACAGUUAGGAGAAAGUCAAAACAAGCGAGCGGAGUUACAAGAGGGAGAGAAAGAAGACGCGAAGAUUAUACUAGAGUUAAAUGAAAAGUUACAGGUGAAAAUAGAACACUGUGAUGAGACACGAAACGAGUUGAAGCAAACAAAGGAACUUCUUUCAGCAAGUAAAAGUCAGUUAAAAGCAAAUCAUACAACGCUAAAAAAGAAGACGGGGCAAUUAAAAGGUGCGCGAAAGGAAAAAGCGGAGCUAGAAAAACAAAUUAAAAACCUGAAGUGUCUUGUAAAAAACAAAGAGGAGGAGAUUGCGCGUAAAGGCAACGAGGUAAUUCAACUAAGCGAGGAGCUACAACGAAAAGACAAUAAAAUUCAAGAAUCACAAGCACAGAUGAAAGGCAUGCAAAGUCAAAUGUCUGCAAGAGAGCAAGAUAUUACAAAUCUGCAGGAUCAAAUAUCUUCAAAAGAGCAAGAAAUUGUCAAUCUUCAAGGUAAAUUCACUUCAAAAGAGGAGGAAAUUUCCAAUUUGCAAGCUAAGCUGACUGAACGAGAACAAGAAAUUAGAGAUCUACGAGGUCAACUGACUGUAAAAGAGCAAGACAUAAACAAUCUUCAAUGCCGAUUGACCACAACAGAAAGAGAAAAAACAAAUCUGCGUGGUUCACUGACUGAAAAAGAGCAAGUUAUUGAAGUUGUACAAGGUCAACUGACUGCCGAAAGGCAAGAAAUUACCAAACUGCGAGAACAACUGACCCAAGGAGAGAAUGAAAUUAGAGAUCUAAGAGUGCAACUAUAUGCAAGAGAGCAUGACAGUAACGAUCUCCGUGGUCGAUUGACCGCAAGAGAGCAAGAAAUUACAAAUAUAAGUAGUCAACUGACCAACAAACAGCAGGAAGUUUCAGUUUUGCAAGGUAAAUUAACUUCAAGAGAGCAAGAAAUUACCAAUCUGCAAGGUCAGCUUACUUCAAAAGAACAAGAAACUACAGAUCUGCGUCGCGAGGAGAUUUCUAGAGUGCAAGAAAAUAGAAAUCUGUGUGAUCAAAUGUCUGCAAAAAACCGAGAAAUUACCAAUUUGCAAGGUGAGCUGACCGAACGAGAGCAAGACAAAAAAUAUCUUCAAGUUCAAUUGACUGCCAAAGAGCGAGAAACUACUAAUCUGCAUAGUCUACUAACUGAAAGAGAGCAAGAAGUUGAGGUAUUGCAACGUCAACUUACUUCCGGAAGGCAAGAAAUUACCAAUAUGCAAAAUCAAUUGCGAGAUUUAAGAGGGCAACUGAGUGCAAAAGACCAAGACAGUAACAAUCUGCGGGGUCAAUUGACCGCGUUCGAGCAAGAAAUUACAGUUGUACGUGCUCAAAUGUCUAAAAAGCAGCAGGAAUGUACAGAUUUUCUAGGUCAAUUAAAUACAAGCGGGCAAGAAAUUAUCAAUCUUCGAGGCCGAGUGACUGCUACAGUGCAAGAAAACAGAAAUCUGCUUGAUCAAAUUUCUUCAAGAGAGCAAGAAGUUAUCAAUCUGAAAGGUCGAUUGACUUCAAAAGACCAAGAAGUUACUAAUUUGCAAGCUCAACUUACCGAUCGAGAGCAAGAAGUAAGAGAUCUAGGAAGUCAACUGACUACAAGAGAGCAAGACAUAAACAAUCUUCAAAGUCGACUGAUCGCAAGAGAGCGAGAAACACGUGUUCAACUUACUGAAAGAGAGCAAGCAAUUACUAAUCUGCAGAGUGAAGUAAAUGAAACACGGCAAGAGAUCACAAAUCUGCGAAAUCAACUUAUCGAAAGAGAACGGCAAAUUACAAUUGGGCGAGAUAACCAGGAAGGGUCUCACUCUAGUAGAAGUCACAAUCUACGUCCACACGACUGGGAGAUAAGAAAAACUGAAAUUUUUGUGAUGGAUGAAGUACUUGGAGAAGGCGCGUGGGGAAGGGUUGUUCGUGGGAAGUUUCGCGGUUGUGAUGUUGCAGUAAAGCAAAUCCAUCGCGCCCUUUUGACGACUCGUCACAUAAGAGAUUCUUUUGAACGUGAAGUUGACUUUGCUUCACGAAGUCGCCACCCUUGUUUGCUACAGUUUAUUGGGGCAACAAUUGAUGGAGCGGAGCCCAUGUUGGUAACGGAGCUGCUGGACCGUAGUUUAAGAUCAUUGUACGAGGAACGAAGUCUAAUUGAUAAGGAAAUUUCUGAUAUUUCUCGUGAUGUCGCUCUUGCUCUAAACUACCUUCAUGAACAGAAACCUCAACCCAUCAUCCACAGAGACAUCAGCAGUGCUAAUGUAUUGUUAUGGCAACAUGGUGACCAUUGGAGAGGUAAAGUGUCAGAUUAUGGCACCGCUAAUUUUGUGCGUGAGUGCUCAACAGACGAUCCUGGAGCUCCAAUAUAUUGUGCACCAGAAAUUCUUCCUGGAUCUCGCGAUCAAACGAUCAGCUGUAAGGUUGACGUCUACAGUUUUGGUGUUCUUCUCUGUGAGAUGUGUAUCCGAGAACUGCCAGAUCCUCAAAAACGCGAACAACAGGCGAAGAGAUACGGGGUGCGAAAUGGAAUAAAUGAUGUGUUUAUCCUGGGAGGUCAUACCGAAGUAGUCAUUGAAGGUGUAAGUGGACACGCGGAAAAGUUACAAGAGAUUACCGAUACAGAAUUUAACGAACUUCUGAAGACUUAUGUACCAGAGGACAGAUACCAGAAGUAUACUGAAAGGCGAAUAGAUGAUCAAGGAGAGGUAAAAGCCGAGACAACAACGGUCAUAAAGAAGGUGUUGAAUUGA